AUGCAGAUUCAGGAUAUACGUGUGCUGCUUUUGCAAAUACUCGCAAUUUUGAUACUUCUGUCUGCUUUCCAGCCUCCGUUAGACAUACAAAACGUGCCGUCAAAUAGACGUCUUCUUCCAGGCUUCCGUGGCAGUGGAUUUGAUGGCAGGGAUGUGUUCUCUCUAAUACAAAGACAGCCAUGGUUGUUUUGGAGAAAUACACAUGAAACCCCACAGUCAUUUCUACAGCUGGUAGCAGAUGUGUCUCCAGCUCUAUUACGUUUAACAAGGGAUGGAUUACCACGUCAACGACUAGGACGCUUACAACUCAACAUCACAAAUCAAGUUAUAAUGCUUAUUGUGGCUAUACGCAAAUAUCUGCAUGUAGAAAGUCUAGCUCUGUGGUUCGAUACCGACCCAUCAACUGUUGUGCGAAUUAUAUACAGAGUUAUACCAGAGAUGUGGAGGUAUUUCCAAAAUCAAAUUCGCUGGUUAAAUGUAAAUAAAUGAGCCAAUAUCAGGGGAAAUUGGCCAAAAUUCCCAAACGCAGUGGGCGCUAUAGACGCAACCCAGCAUGAGAUAUACCGACCCAUAACAGAGCCCGAGAGGUCGUUCUAUAGUGGGCACCGUCACUACCACUGUUUCAACACUCAACUUAUCAUUGAUAACCUUGGCCACUUGAGAUAUGUUCAAGCCGGGUUUCUUGGUAGUACACACGAUGCGACAUCUUACAGGCCGAUGACCCGCAUUGGACCAGGACAGCCUCUGGACCUACCACACAGUGCAAAACCUCUAGUGGACAAGGCUUAUCCUGAUGGUGGACCAUUGCUGACGGCUGUAAGAGCAAAUCAAAUGCGUUUGCUGAACCCAAGAGAAAUGUACAAAGCCAUAUGACAGUUAUGGAGACAUCCUAGAUGGCUUCUUCCAGUAUGUGUGGAGCUUGCGUCAUUUCUUGCUGAACGUCGAGUACCCUUAUUUGAACAUUUAUAACAAACUAAAAAGGUAUUUCUG